AAAGUCGGACGGAACCCUUCAUUUGAUCUCUCUUUGAUCUAUUAUCUGCAUAGGCCGUGGGGUGGGAGGUUUGGACUUCCAAGAUUCCAUUAGUAUUCAUUCCCAUCUAACAAAAUACCCUCCCCGUCUCUCACUCGAAACAUGAGUAAAGGUCCGGGACUCUUCUCCGAAAUCGGCAAGAAAGCCAAAGAUCUGCUCACCAAGGACUACAGCUGCGAUCAGAAAUUCACCGUCGCGACCUACUCUGAAAACGGAUUGGCCCUUACUUCAACUGCAGUGAAAAAGGGUGGACUGUCUACAGGGGAUGUGGCCACACAAUUCAAAUACAAGAAUGCUCUCGUUGAUAUAAAAGUUGACACGGAAUCGAAUGUUUCAACAACCAUUACUUUCACAGAGAUUCUGCCAUCCACGAAGACCAUUGCUUCGUUCAAACUGCCUGAUUACAACUCAGGAAAGCUUGAGGUGCAGUACUUCCAUGAGCAUGCAACCUUUACUACAGCUGUUGCCCCAAACCAGUCCCCAAUAAUUGAUCUUUCAGCCACUCUUGGCACUCCCACCUUUGCUUUUGGUGCAGAGACAGGUUAUGAGGCUAAGUCGGGUAGUUUUACCAAGUAUAAUGCAGGCUUUAGUGUGACCCAGCCUGACUCCAGUUUUUCAAUGAUUUUGGCUGACAAGGGAGACACACUGAAGGCAUCAUAUGUGCACCAUCUGGAUCAGAUGAAGAGGAGUGCUGGGGUGGCAGAUAUCACCCGAAGGUUUUCCCUGAACGAGAAUACAUUCACUGUAGGAGGAUCAUAUGCUGUUGAUCCUCAGACAGUCAUAAAGGCGAGGCUCAAUAACCAUGGGAAACUUGGGGCCCUCCUUCAGCAUGAGCUCAAACCCAAGUCAGUCCUUACAGUCUCCAGUGAGUUUGAUACCAAGACUUUGGACAAGAAUCCUAGGUUUGGGUUGUCCCUUGCCCUCAAGCCUUGAGUGCUCUGUUGAUUUGUUCUGAUGGUAUUCUCAAUGCUUCUUGAUUUUGUUGGUGUUUUAGUGCUGUUUGGAAGGGAAAGGGGAAUAAAUAGUUUCAAAUAUAUAUUCUAUUUUUUUUUUAGGCCAAGGUUUCUGAGGCUAUGGAUUUUUCAAUUGGAUGCUUUGGCCCUAUUUUUGUUUUCCAUUUUUUAAGGAGUCAGUUUUGAUAUGGAUGCAUCUGUAAAAUCUUUUUCUUUUCUCUUUUUUUGUUCAUUUAUUCUGAUACCAUUGUCAUCAAGACCUUAAUUCAAUUGAAUAUUUCACCGGCCCAUUGAAAAUUAUUCGACUCAGGUUGGGUAGGCCAGAUUAGACAAACUUAUUUAUUUAAUCUGUUAUUUAUGCCUGCAUUUGGAACCAUAUGAGAUUUAUCUAAACUCUCUUGAUCUGUA